GCUCGACUCUCUUGGAGCAGGGACAGCAGUGAAUCCACGCUGAACUGUGAGAGGCUGGGAAAGGGUUAAAGAGCUCAGCUGCCUCAGUCCUGGGAGCCGCUGCUCGGGCUGAACCCCCCUUUAGACAAACACACUGAUUUCUGCUCGGUCUUCUCUCAGUAAUGCUGCAUCUGCCUCUUUCCCUUCACCAUCGCACGGACUAUAUUCGGUAACGCAGAGAUCCUGACCGCACGGAGCUCCGUACGCGCGCCGUCCUUCCACCGUCAGUCCGCGGUGAGAGUCCUCCAGACUGGACAUGCCAGGAUGUACGGGUCGAUGAGAAGCAGCGGAGGAGGCGAUCAGCGAGCAGGCUCCAGGCUUUUAUCCGUGAUAAAGUAAUCUGAAACCAGCGUCUUUUCGCAUGAAACAGGAGAAGGUUCGGGCUCGGCUUCCUCCACCGGUUUCAAAAGACUCACCAUGAGAAAACCCAAAGUGAUCCGGAUAAUUUUUGCUUUGAGCCUGGGGUGUUUUGUUAUGGUUAUCGUCUAUUUUAACAGCAAUCUCAAACCAGGUUCAGAGCCAGUUGGGGAGCGGAGUGGCCAAAAAUCCAGGAGGAGUCCUCUGCAGGCUCUUUAUGACAGUGACCAGGUGGAGUCGACAGUGCAGGCGCUCCAUCAGAGCCGCCGAGAGCUGCUGGAAGAGGGCUGUCGUUCAUACACUCGUAAACGUAGAGUCCUGAUCCCUGAAGACCUCAAACAUGUGAUUGUGGAUGACCAGCAUGGCCUGCUGUACUGCUACGUGCCCAAAGUGGCCUGUACCAACUGGAAGCGUGUGCUCAUGGUCCUGACUGGAAUGGCGGGCUCCCAGCGAGACCCACUGGCUAUACCCGCCAAUGAAGCCCAUGUGUCAGGAAACCUCCGCACUCUCUCAGAAUACACUACGUCCCAAAUAAACCAGCGACUGCGCUCCUACCUUAAGUUCUUAUUUGUACGGGAGCCCUUUGAACGCAUUGUGUCCGCAUAUCGCAAUAAGUUCACACGUAGCUACAACACUGCUUUCCACAAGCGUUAUGGCACAAAGAUUAUCCAGCGGCACAGGCAAAACCCCCAGCCUGAAGCUCUGGAGAAGGGAAAUGAUGUGUCCUUCGAGGAGUUUGUGUAUUAUCUGGUGGACCCAGCCACACAGCGGGAAGAGCCGUUUAACGAACACUGGGAGCGGGUGCAUUCGCUGUGUCAUCCCUGCCUUAUCCACUACGAUGUGGUGGGCAAGUACGAGACGCUGGAGCAGGACUCCCGCUACGUGCUGCAGCUGGCUGGGGUGGAGCAGCAGGUCAGCUUCCCCUCUUCCUCCAAAAGCACCAGGACUACAGGGGACAUGGCUGCCCAGUUCUUCCAAAACAUAAGCCCCUUUUACCAAAAGAAACUCUACAACCUUUAUCGCAUGGACUUCCUACUUUUUAACUACUCAAUUCCAGAGUAUUUGAAGUUCACAUAAGGGCACAAUACAAUGAACUAAGGCAGAUAUUCUCUACUAAAAUAUGUGUGCAAAUACUGCCUUUAAAGCAAAAAAAACUUUUAGUCUGUAGUAUUAAAGUGGAUGUCAUUCAUUUCCUGGGAAAGUGUGAACUACAAAUUGCCUUUUAGUUAUCUGUUGUCUGCUGUUUGGUGUGACAGAAGUUGGUGCGCAGGAGCCUCUAGUAGACAGUGAAUGUCACUAAAUGUACGUGCCUUUUGAUUACGGACCUUUAUAAAUACCUUUUGUAACUGUGAUUUUUUUGUUUUGUUUUGUACUGUAGUGCAACAUUUGCGUAACUAUGACAUUGUUUAAUUUAUUUGUAUUUCUAAGUAUUUGACAUUGAAUAUUGUAACGCAUUCCUCAAAAGUGUCUAUAUAAUAACUACUGUUACCUAUGUGGUUCACAUAGACCUUUAAAUAGAACUGAAUCGAUCAGGGAAGACUGUGUCUGGGAAAAUGAUGGAUGAGCUAACAUUGUAGGACUGAUGCAGCUACUAUAUAAAUCUCUUAAUUGUUAAAAUAGUGUAAGUGGGCACCCAGCAGGCUGUGGGGAAGAGCCAGCUCUAUGGACCAGCAACCAAAGUGGAUACACUAUUGUCAGCAUUUCAGUUUUGAAAUAAAAGCAACAAAAGCAUUUAAUUGAGACUGUAUUAAUUAUAAAUGAACACAUUAUGUCUUUCAAUAAGUGCUUUGUGGGUGUGACGAUAGCUUGAAAGUGUCUCUGUGUUGUCACAGUUCCUAGUAGCCUUCUCAGUCCUGCUCUAUAAUCACUAUAAUCAUGUACCAUAGACCUAAACUGCAUAUUUAUAUUCCCCUACUAUUACUAUUUUCCCAUUGUUCCCUUCCUAAGACCCAUAUUUACUUCCGUUAAAGAAUUCAGAAGAAACUCAAUAAAAGGACACACUCAGCUAAUCUUGUAUUAAUAUUAUUUACUAUGUCACUUUUUGAAUUUACAACAAAUUUACUAAAUUUAUUAAGUCCACAUGCUUAUAUGAGCUGGUGUAGUAAGUUUUGACAUGUCAACAAUUAAAAUACUGAAAGUGCAUACCCAGCAAUUGAAAGGCCUCUGAAAAAUACUUAAAAUAGAGUAUGACUUGUACAUUUAACAACCUGAAUAGACUUAACAGCACAAGACACACAACGGCAAACACAAACCAUCUUUUUGAAGGCACGAGUAAAGAAAAAGCACUUUGCAAGCUCACUCACUGCAGCAUUAUCACUAAUAGACUUUGUUUUAUUUUAUUGCUAAAACACAAUAAUAGCUGUUCGACAUUGAAGACAAUAAAUGACUCAUCUUCAACAGAUGUUUAUAAACAGGCUGGUAUUUUGGAGGAAAAUAUCUAUCCAUUUCACUGGGGAACUUUCUGAAUUAUGUUGUGAAUAUGUUGACAUAAGAAUAAUAAGGUUAAAAAAAACAAAAAACAAUAGUAUGCAUGUAUCUACAUGUAUCAUACUAUAUUAAUGCAUCUGGGUUUACUGAUGUGACUGGGAAACGAAUUGUGUCCAGAUAUUUUAUUUCUGUUUUGAAAUAUUUCUAUUUUGUUUUAUUUCUAGCGACAGUAUGUCAGUUGGUAGAGUGUUUGUCCACUGAUCUAAAGGUUGGUUGUCAUUCUGUGCGUGGGCAAGACCCUUAACCCACCUUUUCCCCAGUGUCUGCGUAUGCUGGUGUAUGUAUAAAAAUGUGGCCAUUUACCAUUUACUAAGUCAUGUCUUAUCAAUUUCUGAUUCUGUUGUUUGUAGUAUUAAGUGUCAAUUAAACUGCAGCGUAUCUUUCUGGAUUUUAAAUGGUUUGGUUUAGUUGGCAUUUUCUUUUGCGUACUUAAAAUGAGAAGACUACUGUUCAUUGGGAGGACUGUAGCUGGAUAACUGACACAACAAUUUGAAUAUUGCUAAUUGUUCUACUUACACUUGUUUAGCAAUUAUGGCAUUAACAUAGACUGUAUAUAUAAAUGGACAUAGCUAAUCCGCCAGCCGCCACAUAUCAAAUAGGAAGUGUACAUGGAGACGCUUCCGGCUCCAUUGACUCUGUUUCCAAUUGACUUUACAUUAAAAAAUUGUCACUUCUCUCUCUUUAA